AUGGGCUUUUGGCAAGUGCCAUUGACAAAAGAGUCGGCCAAAUACACCACCUUCAUCACGCCUUUUGGGCGCUACUAUUUCAACCGUCUACCCUUCGGCAUAGCAUCAGCUCCCGAGCACUUCCAAAAGAUGAUGGUGACAGAAGUGACCGGUGGCCUGGAGGGGGUACUGUGUCACAUGGAUGACAUCCUGGUCUGGGGACAGACACAGGAGGAGCAUGAUGUGCGGCUACAUGCGGUGCUAGAGAAGGCACAAAAGGCCGGCAUUACGCUAAACAUGGACAAAUGUGAGCUCACACGCCACACAAUCAGAUUCCUGGGUCAUGUGAUUUCUGCAGAUGGAGUGAAGCCAGAUCCAGAGAAGACGAGAGCAGUACAAGAGCUGGAUGCACCCAAAAAUGUCAGCGAACUCAGGAGUUUUCUGGGCAUGGUCAAUCAGCUGGGCCGCUUCUUGCCUAACCUGGCUGAAAAAGACAAAGUGCUACGAGACCUGCUGUCCAAGAAGAACCACUGGUACUGGGGGAUAGAGCAGCAGACCGCCUUCGAUCGGUUAAAAGCAGAGCUGUCAUCCACACCGGUGCUCACACUAUACAACCCAAACAGUGCACUAAAAAUCUCUGCUGAUGCCUCUUCCUUUGGCCUGGGGGCAGUCCUGCUGCAGAAGAGCAAUGCCAUGUGGUCACCUGUGGCAUAUGCGUCCAGGUCAAUGUCACCGACAGAGCAGCGCUAUGCUCAAGUGGAGAAGGAGGCCUUGGCUGCAACGUGGGCGUGUGAAAGGUUCAGCUGUUUCAUCCUAGGAAGACCAUUCGAGCUGGAAACUGACCAUAAGCCGUUGGUGAGUCUGCUGGGAGGGAAAGCUUUGGAUGACCUCCCACCAAGAAUCCAAAGGUUUAGGAUGAGACUCAUGAGGUACAGCUAUACAGUUAAUCAUGUCCCUGGGAAAAGCCUGUGGACGGCCGACACUUUAUCUCGUGCUCCUCUGAGAGCCGCAAGAGCGAACACAGAAACAAGCCUACUAGAGGACACCAACAUUUAUGUAGACUCUGUCAUCAGCAACAUUCCUGUCAGUGGAGAUUAUCUGAGCAGCCUACGUGACCACCUGAAGGCAGACAGCACAUGCUCUGCACUGAUGGAGUACUGCACAGACGGCUGGCCUGACAAGAGCCAACUGCAGGGAGUGCUGAGACAUUACUGGGCUGAUAAAGCAGUGCUGACUGUGCACGAUGGACUGCUGCUGCGGGGCACGCGGCUCGUCAUCCCAUCGGCCUUACAAGGUGAUGUGCUGGAGAGACUACAUGAGGGACACCUGGGGGUGACAAAGUGCAGGGGCCGGGCCAAACAGACGGUAUGGUGGCCAGGACUCAGCAGCCAGCUGAAUGACAUGGUGCUGAAAUGUAGGACCUGCAUUCAGGAGAGAAGGAACGUCACAGAGCCGCUGAUGCCAACGGAGAUGCCAGACAGGCCUUGGCAAACCUUGGGAGCUGACCUUUUCACCCUGAAAGGCAAGGCCUAUCUACUGGUAGUAGAUUAUUUCUCGAGGUACGUGGAAGUUGCACUGCUGUCACCCACAAGGUCCACAGAUGUGGUGGUGCACCUGAAAUCCAUGUUUGCUCGUCAUGGAAUUUGUGAAUUUCUUAAAAGUGACAAUGGGCCCCAGUUCUCCGGUAGCCACUUCAAAGCCUUUGCAGCAGAGUAUGGCUUUGUGCACAUCACGAGCAGCCCCAGGUUUCCUCAGAGCAAUGGGGAGGCGGAGCGCGCUGUACAAACCGUGAAAAACCUGCUAACAAAGGCAUCAGACCCAUAUCUUGCAUUGCUGGCCUACAGAGCAACCCCUCUACAGAACGGCUAUAGCCCAGCCGAACUAUUGAUGGGGCGCCGCCUCCGCACUACAGUUCCUGCCCUUCCAACCCUGCUGAAUCCAGUGUUGCCUGACUACGAUGCGCUGGAGGCCAAAGAAAAGGAGAAGAGGAGGAAUGACGCGAGAUCCUUCGACAAGAGACACGGAGCGAGAAACCUGGAGCCACUCGUACCUGGGGAGGAUGUGUGGAUCACCGAUGCACGAGUCCAGGGCAAAGUGCUAUCUACACACAACACCCCUCGCUCUUAUAUCGUCCAGGUGCCUCAGGGCACACUGAGGAGGAACCGGCGUCACUUGGUGCCACUGCAGACCAACGGUGGGGUAGUCGACGCUGAUGAGGGAGGAGAAUCACCUGCACCAGAUUCAGCUCCACCAGUGAAAACAUCACCCAGCAGAGAGGGCCCCACCACCACAGAGACUGUGUGGACCAGGUGUGGGCGAGAGGUUAUAAAGCCGCAGAGACUUGAUUUGUGA